UGAGGCGCAGGUGCGUGUAACGAUGGUGUCAGGUGUACGCAAUGAUGAGACAACUGGCGACAAUGAGGAGGAGUGGGAGUAGACGUGACAACUAUGUGGUUGGGACAUUUCUGCUGGAAUGGAAAAAUGAUCAGUCUAGGGUAAGUAUUGCAAUUAGCUACAGUAUAUGGCUGUACUUCUGAUUCUAAAGAGGAAAGUUACAACCCUUAACCAUGAGGUCACUGAGAAGGACCAACAGCAAUAGGGGAUCCUCUGAAAAAGCCUGAGAUGUACUGGCCAGCAGACUACGAUUUCCUCCAGCCCCGUGUGUCCAGAGUAAACUGGGCCCAGCAGAGUGAUGUCAUCUCCAGGAAUGGGCACCCCCAGUGACCCCCUGUUGGCCAGCCCAGGAGGGAGGUCAUCAGAGAGGUCAUUGGGUGCCACAAAUGAUGGCCUCUGGAGGAGCUCCAUGGCCAAGACCGUCAGCUUCCCAUCGUCUACCACACGCCUCCUGAGUCACCGUGCCAACAACUUCCAGAGACACCCGAAGCGGCGGAAGCUGAUCAGACCGUCCCCACCCCCCCCGCCCAACCCCUGCCCCCUAGAUCAGCUGGACCUCAGUGAGAUGCCCCCUCGCCGCACCUUCCCUGAGCUGCUCUUCAACGGCUGUGUCCUGUUUGGCAUUGAGUUCAGCUACGCCAUGGAGACGGCCUAUGUCACCCCUGUCCUGCUACAGAUGGGUCUGCCCGAAGAGUUCUACAGCCUGGUGUGGUUCAUCAGUCCUAUAUUGGGAUUCCUGGUCCAGCCUCUCCUAGGAGCUUGGAGUGAUCGUUGUACAUCCCGCUUUGGCCGUCGGAGACCGUUUAUUUUAGCCUUGGCUAUUGGAGCUCUGCUUGGUUUGACAAUGGUGCUGAAUGGGCGAGACAUUGGAGCUGCGGUGGCAGACACAGCAACCAAUCACAAGUGGGGCAUCAUACUAACUAUUUGUGGAGUGGUUCUGAUGGACUUCUGUGCGGACUCGGCAGAUAAUCCCAGCCACGCCUACAUGAUGGACGUGUGCCUGCCAGAGGACCAGGACCGUGGCCUCAAUAUUCACGCACUGCUGGCAGGCCUGGGUGGUGGAUUCGGGUACAUCGUGGGUGGAAUUAACUGGGACCACACUGAGUUUGGGAGGUCAAUGGGAGGUCAACUUCGAGUCAUCUACAUGUUCACCAGUGUCACAUUGGUCAUUGCCACGUGCAUGACCCUCAACAGCAUCCCAGAGCGGCCCCUGCCAAAGACGCAGCCUCAGAAGAACACUAAAAACUCUCUAAAGAGCCCCAUCCUCCCUCUGCCUCCCUCUCCCCCCGUCCCUCCGGGGGCAAGCCUGGGAUUGGAGGAGGAAGAGGCAGAGGAGAGGAUUUAUAGCUACCAGUUCUCUGAACCCUGCCCCUCAAACCCUAAUCCUAUGGCACACUCCUGUAGUGCCAAUGCACGCCUCUGUGCCGGCCUCACCAGCCCCAUCUCCCCCCUCAGCCCCCUUACUCCUAAAUAUGGCAGCUUUAUCAGUCGGGAUAACUCUCUCACUGGCGUCAAUGAGUUCGCCUCAUCCCUGGGAACCUCCUAUAUAGACAGUGUGCUCAUCGACUGCUACACCGGACAGCCAUCCCCACAGCCCCUUGACCAGGACACUGCAGCCCGACCACUGCCUCCAGGGGACACCCCACCUCCCCAGGGAUCUCAGCCUGGAACUGGGUCACAGUCUGGAGCAGUAGCCCAGGCUGGAGCACUAACCGUGGCUGGGACAGUGGCCCUGGCUGGGGCAGGAUCCCAGGCCGGGGCUCAGGCCGGGGAGGCUCAGAUUGAGGCAGGGUCCCAUCGAGGUUCGUCCGCUGGUAUCCUGAAGCGCCCUCAGAGCCUUGCGCUUGUGGAGGAGCCAAUGGUGAUCCAGAGUGAAGGGCUGGAAAAUGGCUGCAGAAGAACCGUGACCUUCAGUCAGCAGGUGGCAAACAUUCUGCUGAAUGGGGUGCGCUAUGAGAGUGACCUGAGUGAAAAUGUGGAGACAGCAGAUUCACAGAUGUCAAUGAGGCUACUGUGUAUCGCCAUCUACAGGAUGCCUCCGUCACUGCGCAGCCUAUGCACUAACCAUUUCUUGGGUUGGCUGUCCUUUGAGGGCAUGCUGCUGUUCUACACUGACUUCAUGGGGGAGGUAGUGUUUGAUGGAGACCCCAGAGCACCACAUGACUCUGAGGCCUACCAACGCUACAAUGCUGGGGUCAGCAUGGGCUGCUGGGGCAUGUGCAUCUAUGCAUUCAGUGCUGCCUUUUACUCAGCCAUACUGGAGAAGCUGGAGGAGCGUUUUUCCCUCCGCUCUCUCUAUUUCUUUGCCUACCUGGCGUUUGGCCUUGGCACGGGCCUUGCUACACUCUCCACCAACCUCUAUGUGGUGCUGUCGCUCUGUGUCACCUACGGGGUGCUCUUCUCCUCUCUGUGCACACUGCCUUACUCUCUGCUGUGUGAAUACUACCAGAGCCCACAGUUCUGUGGCUCGUCAGAGGAAGGGACCAGGAGAGGGAUGGGGGUGGACAUCUCUCUGCUCAGCUGCCAGUACUUCCUAGCUCAGAUCAUAGUCUCCGUGGCGAUGGGACCUCUGACCUCGCUGGUGGGCGGGGCCCAGGGAGUGAUGUACUUUUCUAGCGCGAUGUCAUUCGUGGGCUGUCUGUACUCCUCCCUCUGCGUGGUGUACCACCUGCCCCCCCCUGAGGGAAGAGAAGUUGAAACUGGGGUGUGAUUCGGCAUUCCAUCGGAAACCGAACAAAAAAGAAGAACAACAAAACUGUUGUUUUGGUGGCGAGAAAGAAUUCAGGAAGAUGCAUGUGAACUAUGCUUAAGAUGGCGCUGUACAACUUUGAGAGGGAAGACUUUUGGGUUCAUAUUUGCCAUCAGCAAGUGCUUAUUUUCACCGCUAAGGCGCAUGCUUUAGUUAAGGUUUAGGCUUGUUUCACCACACGACCCAAACUGGCUCACUGGAGUGACCCUCUCACAUUUGGGUUAGUUAUCCAGUCUCAUCACACGCUGCUGCAUUUAUUCACUUAAUUCAUUUGAUUAUAAACAGCUCAAAUAACAUUUCAUCUUCCAUGUAAUCAGCCAAUUAUAAAACAUUGGUGAAAUCAUAAUUACUUUUCAAUUGAGAAAAUCUAUGACAGGCUACAAAAACUUGCUCGGCAUUGCUUACCUUGAACAUCACUUAGUUGACACCGAGACUGUUUCCAGGCAUUUUUUUAAAUGAAUUAACAAUAACUCAUGCCUGCGUUCAGCUUCAUUUGUAAGUUUCACUAAAAUGCCCACCACCGUGAAACACCCCACUGUCAUGAGUCAUCUAGAGCUGAUGCCUCAGUGGAAUGUUGAUCAGGGUCUACCACUAAAGCCUCCAUAACAGACUGGACACGUGCCAUGAUGUCAUGUUUCUGACUGGUUUCUUUUGAGAAAACAGCAACUGUAUGGAUCAUCAUGCUGUUGCAACUUGCUUCAAUUCAACACAACAUUUCUAGUAUUUUACAAUAAAGUGUUUUCUCAUGUUCUUCAUCCUUAAUUCCAAUAUUAACUGUAUUACUGUAACAGCUACUUUAGGGUUGAGUUCAAUUAAAAAUGAAAAUUUUUACUU